AAACGCGGACCGCGACGAAAUAAAAGCAGCUUGGUUUCGAAUACUAGUUCUUAUUAAUAAAUUAGCAUUGAAACGCUAAAAAUAUUACAGCUAAGUCAUGUCUGACGUCUAUAUUGUAUCUGCAGCUCGCACCCCCAUUGGUAACUUUAACGGUACGCUUUCUAAAUUGAAGGCAUCCGACCUGGGUAGUAUUGUCAUUAAAGAGGUGAUCAAACGAGCCAAUCUCGAUGAAGGCAGUGUUAAUGAAGUCAUUAUGGGCCAGGCACUCACCGCGGGUCAGGGUCAGAACCCCGCUCGUCAAGCUGCGCUGAAAGCUGGCCUACCUAUCGAAGUGCCUGCCUAUGGCAUCAACAUGCUCUGCGGCUCCGGUCUGAAAACCGUUGCCCUGGCCUAUCAGUCAAUACGUGCCGGCGAUGCUAAUAUAAUCAUUGCUGGGGGCCAGGAGAGUAUGUCGCUGGCCCCACACGUCAUGCUAUUACGUCAGGGCAUUAAAUUGGGACCAGGCACAAUGUUGGAUUCCAUGGUGCAUGAUGGCCUCACUGAUGCGAUGGAGAACAUUCAUAUGGGCAUCACUGCUGAGAAUCUGGCCGAAAAGUUUAACAUAAGUCGUGCGGCGCAGGAUGAAUUCGCUGUUCUUUCACAACAUCGUGCCGAGGCGGCUCAGAAAAAGGGCUUCUUCGACAGUGAGAUUGUGCCAGUUGAGAUAGUCGAUCGAAAAGGCACUCAAAUCUUCAGGAACGACGAGUUCAUCAAGCCAGGAAGCACUGUCGAUGCUUUGCAAAAGUUAAAACCUUACUUUAAGCAGGCUGGCACAGUAACCCCCGGUAAUGCCUCUGGUGUGAAUGAUUCGGCGGCUGCUUUGCUGCUCAUGUCUGGCGAAGAAGUCAGCAAACGAAAUGCCAAGCCUCUAGCCAAAAUUGUGGGCUGGACGCAAACGGGUAUUGAGCCGAAAGUAAUGGGCCUGGGCCCAGUGACGGCUGUGGAAGCGUUGCUCAAGAAAAUCGGUUGGACACGCGAUGACGUCGAUCUGUAUGAGUUGAACGAGGCUUUUGCAGCACAAUCGUUGGCGGUUUUGGAAUGCCUUCAAUUGGAUAGCAAUAAAGUGAACGUGCACGGCGGUGCUAUUGCGCUCGGCCAUCCAAUUGGCGCGUCCGGGGCACGUGUGCUCGUCACAUUGCUGUAUGCGCUGGAGCGAACUGGCGGACGUCGUGGCAUUGCCUCCCUAUGUAUUGGGGGAGGCAUGGGCAUUGCAUUGGCUGUCGAGCGGGUUGUCUGAUUAACCGCAAUUGCCAUUUAUUGUUAUACAAAUAUUUAUUUCAACUUCUAUGUACUUAUUGCGGUUUCAAUGCCGUGUGUGGUGGGUGUAAUGUUCCAAAUAAAUGCAAACAUAUUUGUCUAUUUAUUGUCAAGUAAA